UGAGAGCAGCAGACAGCUAACAGUACAGCACUGAAUCUAUUCUGUAGCCUGAUAAAGAUAUUUUGGAAACUAAUUCUGUUUCUGAUAAAAGAUCAUAAACUUAAUCACUUCUUAAUUUAUUUAAAGGGUCUAUAAAUGCCCAUAAUACUGUGAUUUAGCUUUUUAUCGAGGUGUAACUGUGUGCAGCCUGGUCUCUUCGGUGUUUUGGAGAUGUUGUAUUUUAUCGGUCUUGGUCUUGGUGAUUCAAAAGACAUCACUGUCAAGGGUUUAGAGAUCAUCCGACAGUGUAGUCGGGUUUAUUUGGAGGCUUACACGUCCAUACUGACCGUCGGGAAAGAGGUUUUGGAGGAGUAUUAUGGUCGUGAGCUGUUGCUGGCAGAUAGAGACAUGGUGGAACAACAAGCAGAUGAAAUCCUAAAAGGAGCAGAUGUCAGUGAUGUGGCAUUUCUGGUGGUGGGCGAUCCUUUUGGAGCCACAACUCAUAGUGACUUGGUCCUUCGAGCAUUGAAUGCCGGGAUACAGUAUCGUGUUAUACACAACGCCUCCAUCAUGAACGCGGUUGGCUGCUGUGGACUACAGCUCUACAACUUUGGGGAGACUGUAUCUAUCGUGUUCUGGACAGACACGUGGAGACCUGAGAGCUUCUAUGAUAAGAUCAAGAAGAACAGGGAUAUGGGCCUGCACACACUGUGCCUGUUGGAUAUCAAAGUCAAAGAGCAGUCCAUGGAGAAUUUAAUGAGGGGCCGAAAAAUUUACGAGCCCCCCAGGUACAUGACUGUCACUCAGGCAGCUGAGCAACUUCUGGAGAUACUGCAAAACCGACGGGAACGGGGAGAGGAGCUGGCAAUGACCGAAGACACAGUGUGUGUCGGUCUGGCCCGAGUUGGAGCCGAAGACCAGGCCAUCCGUUCCGGGACACUACGUGAGUUGGCCUCUUGUGACCUGGGAGGACCACUUCACUCCAUGAUUAUCAGCGGACACCUUCACCCUCUUGAGAUGGACAUGCUCAAACUGUUCAGUGGUCCAGAAGGAUUGAAGACCUUGAAGAUGACCGAUAGUUCCACAUAUGUUUCUUGAUGUUCAAGAAGCUUGAAGGAACAGUGGUCAUCAAGAAAAUGGUUCACUUGGCAAUAAAACAAGUGCUUCAGGCAGGGACAUUGGAGGUGUACAACAUUAAAGUGAAGCCCAGAGAUGCCGGAGGUUCAGGAGAGCACACAAUUUACAGAAUUGUUAUUUUAGAUCAAAUUUGCCCACUUUAACCUUCAAGCCUCAGUCAGACCAGGGUUGCAUUUUUUUUUACGAGAUGUGUGGCUGUCAUGUUCGUGCUGUCAAAAAAUAAAUGAUGUAAUUAUAACUGAGGAAGUGGAAAGGUUAUUUUGGUUAAAGGUUAACUGCAUCUGGGUUGCAUUAGUGCCUUUGAAAAUUGACCUUUCUUGUAAAUUGGCAUAAUGUAUCUGUUAUACAUGGAAUUUUCUCAUUGAGAAUGUAAAUAUGAUGAAAGUCAAUUUAGAGAUUCUUUUGCGCAUGAAGCUGCCCAUGUCAUAAUGAGCAAAAACAGAGAUUGAUUUUUGUACAAUAAAGACACUCGUGUCAUUGGCAAUGACUACAAUGUCGCCUGACAUUGGGUUUGAGUGAUGUUAUUGAUAUCUGUGGGUUUGUUUGUGGUGUCAUUUCAGUUCAAUCAGAAUAAAUUGCAUAGAAAAUGAGCAAAGGUCUGAAACAAUGUGGCUCUUUGAUUUAUUCACAAACAUUUACUGUCCCCUGACUAUGGAGUCAAGGUUAUGUACCUUGAAAGCUGCCAUAACAAAAACUUGACGUGGUAUGUUAAGUAUUGAUGUAAGAUACACACCUGCAAACUCCAUAGAGUUGAAAAAGGUGACAGACUUGGGGGGGGGGGGUGGAGGCUGCAAAUGUCAUUUUUUGUGACAUGUAUCGAUCAACAUGUUAUUCUUUGUUAUUCUAUUAUAUUUAAAACAAAUUUUAAGUGUACCAUUAUUGAUUUUUUUUUUUUUUUGGUCAAAACGAAGCAUUAAACUCUGGUGACUUUGAGAGAAGCAUUUUUUAUUAUUAUUUUCUUGAGUAUGUAUAUCAAACAGUUGACUAAAGCACUUCUAAAAGAGGCUAUUUAGACUAGUGUCAGAAAUUAACUUUUAAGGGGCAACAUUGCGUUGUUUGGAGUUGUUUUUAAGGGCAUUUUUCAAUAGACGUCAUAAAGCAAGUUCGUGCGUUACUAAUAGCCAAACAUUGUGGACAUUUUACAAAUUUUUAAAGUCAUGUUCUGUCUCAACGAAUUCUGUGGAGUAUUUAAAGAAACAAAGUGUUUUGCACCAUACACUGCAGCAGUAAGGAUAACUCCCUCUGGUUUGGAUACACGAUUAUUAGAGCUUGUGGCCCAUCAGAGACACACCGUGUCUGUCACACAGAGGCAGUGGUAUGCACGCAUCCUCCUAUGCUUGUGCUGCUCUUAUCACGGACGCAAUCGGCCGAAAAACUGCUUGUUCACUCAACACUGAAAUUUACCAAAUCGUUCACAUGCAUGUAUAGGCUACUUCACUGACAUCCCCAACCCAAUUCUUGUAAAAGGUGUGUUUUCUGACUUUUUAAGAGACAUAUAUCCAAUCCAAUAAUUUAUCCUAACUAGGCUACAUCUGGACUGUAUCUAAACAAACAAGAAAUGUGAUGGCACAUUUCAUUCCUUCAUUUUUUAAAAUAUAAAAUUCCUUGUAUAUUACAAAACUUGUGCAUCUCAAAACAUUUUCAUAUUAACAACCAGUCAUUAACUGCACUACUUGAUUAAAGUCUUACAGGUCUAAAGUCACAUGACAUAACAGUAAAAGUUCCAGAGACAAUUUAGACUGAUCUGUUGUCUAAUGUUGUACUUCAAGCUUGUAAGACUUCAACAGUUCUUAUUUAAUUUCGAGUUGGACAUUCAUAACUUGCACUUCAAUGUAAGAUUAAUAUUAUACCGGACUAGAAUGGAAGCGCUGUAUAUUUCACGCUGUAGAUUCAAAAGAACUGGCUCAUCUAAAUCCUUCUUUUGGGAAUUGGACCAUACGGAAGC